UGUUCCUACCCUCACCUAUGGUCACGAACUCUGGGUCGUGACCGAAAGGACAAGGUCGCGGCUACAAAGUUUCAGUCACAACCAUGUCUGUCUUGCCAUAUCAACUUGAGCUUGGCGUCUUUUCGCCGUUGGUAUGACUGUAACGUCUGCAGCCUAGAGAACACUAGUCACCCUGUCUAGCCAUGACCAAUCUGUCUCUCCAAUCAGAAAUUUCUAAGUCCACUGUCAGUUCCUUGCCCUCUUCUGCAGGAUGCCCGUUUACACACUGAAUGUUCUGAAUUCCACAGAGUUUUAACCUUUUAAAUCCAGUCUCACCACAGUGACUAAAAGAAAGAAGGGAAUGGAAGGAAUAAUUCAGCCUGGUCAGCCCCCAUUUGGAAUUGAAAGAAGUUGCCUUCAAAAACAAUCACAGGAAUAGGCCAAGACUUGUAUCCUUGCCACAAAAAGUAUUGAAAGAGAUUCUGAAAGGAACUUUAUCUGGGACUGACGUAGACCAAGCUAUGUGAAGCCCAGCUGGUGUGCUGAUAACUUGUGAAGCUUAUGUUGAUAUUGACAUGGUCCCAGUUACAGAAGCACGUCUGGUUACAGUAAUCACAAACAAAAUACAAUUUUGACUGACGGAAUGUUUUUCCUAAAGCCCCCGUAGUCUUGAAACGUUUAUUCAGGUUUAGUCAGGAGUUUGAAUCGCGGCAGUUUCGGCCGUCACCGCACCAAAACUCAUGCAGGCAGGCGCCAAUCCUCUCAACUAGCAUUAGCUGUCAGGUCGUUGUUGUUUUGGCCGGUACUCUGUCAUACUCGGCGCACAUCAAGUUUCGCCAAAAACUCUAACCCGUUUACUUGCACACUAGUCUCUGUCUCUGCUGUGGUGUAACCCAAACCAGUCAUUUCAGCCCCAACACAGUUGUUUAAAAACAAACCAGCAUUAAUAGCUCCAGUAGAGGAACAACCACCGUAAUGAUGUCGGGCUGGCAAGGCAAACCCUCUAUCUGUGUUGUAAACCCAUUUCACAAGGCUGUGAAACCUGUAGCCCAAGUUCAAAGAAGAACGGGGCUCUGUUGAGUUUUAUCCUCAACCCUGCUACCUCAAAAGAUUGGACUUCUCAUAAGAAAAAGGAUCUUCUGGAAGACGAGUUCCCAAUCUCCAGGAAAGCUGAGGUGUAAACAGGAACAAGCUUUGGGAAACGCCCAAGCUUCAGUGGCAGGUCCGAGGCCGCAUCAUUAGCACCGACAUUAAACUAAACACAGAGCCUGUGUCUUUUCUCCCCGCUGCCAAUCAAUGACCAUGACUCACCCUAAGAUUAAAUGGACGCCCAAUGACUGUCCAACCAACCACCAUUCUCAUAAGUGGACGCGGUGUUUUAUAUAAACUGACAUGCAGUUUUUUUCCCCUCACCAGCCUCAUGCAGGGUGUGGAAUUGUACAGUACAUAGAAAGGGAAACCCACACACUGCUCUAAUAAUAGGUUGUCGCAAUUCCAUUAGAAUAAGCGAGAGGCUUAGAUUUGUUUAUAAUUCAUCUAAAAAAAAAUAGUGUCAAGAUAUCCUUUUCCUUACAAUUGGCAAGUCUUGAGCACACCAUUUAUCCUCACCUUUGAUCCAUGCUUGUGUGUCAGGCCCCUCUGUCAUUUGGCUUUUCCUUCCUGGUUCAUUUCCAGGACUAUAGAACAGAAGUUUUUUUUUAUUACAGUUUUUUGAGCAAAUUUAUCCUACCUCAUUUGACCACCAAUAUUUUGGGCUUUCUUUCAUUCAAACAAAGCUAGAUACCAUUGGUUUCCAUGGCCCUGUGCACGUGCAGAAGGGGCAGUUCAGUGCCAAACCAAAAUUUACCAGGCCCUGCCUAGUUGAGUGGGGUUUUGGGCCUUUUUCCUUCGCUCAUACUUCGAGACAUUCCUCCCUCACCAGCAGAUGUCUGUCGCCAUUGCAGUUCUCCAGUCACUGCCAUCCUUUCCUGUGGAUUUAAAGUGUCAGAUUCAAUUUACUCAGACUUUUGGUGUCUGCUUGGGGAUAUACUUGACUGUCCCUUGCACUCUUGCAAAUUAACAUAGUGGCGAUAUUGGAGGCACACGGUGUAAAUUAUUUACAGAUGAAGCUUUUUGCAAGUCAUUACAUGUUCACGUCAGUGAGACUGUAUUUCUAGAGAAUUUCUGGUUCAAUUCCAGCCAGCGACCUUUGUUGCAUGUCAUACCCUUCUCUCUCUCCCACCGUUUCCAGUCCACCGCUUCUCUAUCAACUAUCCACUGAAGGUCGAAAUGCCCUCAUAAAUCUUUAAAACCCAAAAAUGGAUAUGGCAGAAAGCAAUAUUCAUAAAAUUGUGUAUUAAAUCUCUUUAUCUGUGUGUGUGUGUGUGUGUGUGUGUGUGUGUGUGUGUGUGUGUGUGUGUGUGUGUGUGUGUGUGUGUGUGUGUGUGUGUGUGUGCGUGCAUGCAUGAAUGCGCACGUGCGUGCAUGCAUGAAUGCGCACGUGCGUGCAUGCAGUGUGUUGGCCGGGUAUAAUGGCACUAUAUUUGCCUAUGGCCAGACGGGAAGUGGGAAGACCUUCACCAUCUCAGGAGGGGCCGAGCGCUACAGCGACCGUGGCAUUAUUCCCCGCACCAUCUCCUACCUGUUCGAACGCUUCUCCCAGGACAGCAGUAUGGUUUACACCACACACAUUUCCUACUUGGAGAUCUACAACGAGAUGGGAUAUGACCUUCUGGAUUCCCGACAUGAAGCAUCUCGACUGGAGGACCUACCUAAGGUACUGAUCAUGGAAGAUCCAGACCAGAAGAUCCAUCUAAGGAACCUGUCCCUGCAGCAGUCAGCCAAUGAGGAGGAGGCUCUGAACCUGCUCUUCCUGGGUGACACCAAUCGCAUGAUUGCAGAGACUCCGAUGAACCAGGCAUCCACGCGGUCCCACUGUAUUUUCACCGUGCACGUGUGCAGUCGUGAGCCGGGCUCGGCCACCCUGCGACGCUCCAAGCUCCAUCUGGUGGACCUGGCUGGAUCGGAUAGAGUUAGCAAGACUGGCUUGAAUGGGCAGCUGCUCACUGAGGCCAAGUACAUCAACCUCUCCCUCCACUACUUGGAGCAGGUGAUCAUAGCUUUGUCAGAGAAGAACCGCUCCCAUAUCCCCUACAGGAACUCCAUGUUGACUUCGGUGCUGAGAGACAGCCUUAGGGGCAACUGCAUGACUACUAUGAUUGCCACAAUAGCAGUGGACAAGAGGAACCUUGAUGUAAGGCCAUGUUCAGACAGACUAUUCUGGUAGAUUGCCAAAAAUAGUGUGGAGAAACAAGGUUAUUGAGUGAAAUAAUGUUAUAGGCCCUUUGGCCUUGCUGGCUAGCUCUGUCAGUUGUAAAUAUACAUUUGCUCUCCUGAAACAGCAUUCUACAAUGGUGUAUUAGAGCCAUUGAAGGUAUAAAAAAAUGAAUACGGAGCAGGAAAAGGGGGGUACUAGUCAGAGAAAAAACUUCCAAGAUUCCCCUCACCCAUAUUCUGAAAUCUCAUUUCUGCUAAAUGCAUUCAGCCCAGAUCUAGCUGGCGCGGACAGAUUUAGGCAAAUUAAGCAGAAGGAUACACUUGUGACUCCGUCCGGUUUUCAAAAUAAGGUGUUAACAUACGUAUAUACAGUUGUGUGAAAAAGUAACCCAGUUUGUCGCUUACCGAAACUUAAAGAGUUUAAUCCCAGUUUAUCGGUUCAGUUCCAGUAAGAAGUCCUUCUCCAUUCAUGGACGCCAGUGAUGACAGUCGAGCCUCCCCAGUUGUAUUUCGCCGGUCUGCUGCGGCAGGUCCGCAGCGGGGCCGGGAUCCCACCUCCGCCGGGGCGCACGCCGGGUUGUGGAGCUGUUUCCCUGCGAAUGUGUUUGUUGAGUUGUGCAUCCACUCGAGUGUCUCGAAAAGUUUUCAAAUGCUAUGGCGUCCUCAGGUUAGCGUAGCGUAGCUCCAAACACCAAGACGCUCAGUUAAAA